AUGAUGAUUGGAAAUAUUAUUUUUCCAUUAGAAAAUUUAUUUGAGUAUGAUGAACAUGAUCAAUUUCGAAUUUUUAUUGAUAAACUUGGAUUUGUAGAAAAAAUUCAUUCAUCAUCAACAUCGACAUUUUUCAUCGGUGCAAAAUCAAUAAAAAAUAUUCAACAUACAUUACAAUCUAAUCAUGAUCGAAUAGGUAUUAUUAUUCAAUUACCAAUGAUAAUUUCAACAGAUGAACUACCAGUUUAUAUAGAUUUAUUUCCUAAUUGA